GAUAAAUUGUGUUUAUUUUCCUCGUUAAGACAAAACAAUAAGUUGUGUCAAUCUGUUAGUGAAAUAAAAUUUAUUUAAUUUAUUAAAGAAGAGUAAAUAUGUUCCUUUAUGAGGCUCCUACAAAAUAUAAAUUUUCCACCGUUGAAGAAUUCCAAGAAGCCUUCAAUCUCUUCGACAAUCGUGGUGAUGGCAAAAUCCAUGUCGGUCAAGUGGGUGAAUGUUUACGUGCCCUCGGACAAAAUCCCACCGAAUCCGAUGUCAAAAAAUGCACACAUCAAUUGAAACCCGAUGAACGCAUCUCUUUCGAAGUUUUCUUACCCAUUUAUCAAGCCAUUUCCAAGGCAAGAUCUGGUGAUACAGCCGAUGAUUUCAUUGAAGGUUUACGUCAUUUCGAUAAAGAUGCCAGUGGUUUCAUUUCCUCAGCCGAAUUAAGACAUUUACUCACCACCUUGGGUGAGAAAUUAAUGGACGAAGAAGUUGAACAAUUGUUGGCCAAUCAAGAGGAUUCACAGGGCAAUGUUAAUUAUGAAGAAUUUGUACGCAUGGUUAUGAAUGGUUAGGAGACAACAAAAGAACAAACUUAAAAGGAGAGAAGCCAAAUAUCAACUUUUAAAUAUAUAUUUGUUUUUUUGUUUUUUUGUUUUUUUAAUAACCAUAAACAACAACAACAAAAAACCCUUCAAUUACAGCCAUUUUUUUCUUAACUAA